AUGCCAAAUGAAGUUGAGGAAGAGGUGGUAGAAGGAAGGAGUGGAAAGGAAAAAGAUCAUGAGGGAGAAGUGGAAAAUGAGAGAAAUGGUGAGCUUGAGGAAGAAGUCGAAAAUGAGAGUGAGGAAAAAAAAGAGAAAAGUAAGAAAGAAAGACUUAUUGAUCCCAAUUCAAUGUUAAGGAAGAUAAAAAGUCAACUUUUGAAAGAGGGACCUCAAAAAAUUCCUUAUUAUGUGAAGUUACCUUAUCCACACAUAAGGAAGAACAAAAGUAGUGUGUCUAGUGAGAGUGAGAAGAAGGUGAAGAGUGAAAAUGAAAAAAAAAUUAAGAGUAAAAUUUUGAAAGAUGGAGAAAAAGCUCAAGUAGUUCUACCUCGUGAGAAGCUACCCUACCCUCACAAAAAGAAGAGUAAGAGAAAAGAUAUCAACUUUAAGAAGUUCAUGGAGAUGUUUAAUAGCCUUCAAGUCACAAUUCCGUUUAUGGAAUCUUUGGAGCAAAUGCCUAUGUAUGCCAAGUUCAUGAAGGAGUUGUUGACUAAGAAGAGGCAGCCUAAAGAGGAUGAAACUGUGUUGUUGACGGAAGAGUGUAGUUCAAUUCUUCAAAGAAAACUCCCACAAAAGAAGAAAGAUCCCGGUAGUUUCACCAUAUCUUGUUCUAUUGGGAAUUUACAUGUUGGGAGAGCACUUUGUGACUUAGGAGCAAGCAUCAACUUGAUGUCCCUCUCUAUGAUGAAAAAAAUACCGGGUGCCGUAGCUAAACCCACGAGGAUGCAGUUAUCUCUUGCGGAUCGGUCCAUCACGUACCCCUAUGGAAUCUUACAAGAUGUUUUGGUAAGAGUGGCCGAAUUUGUUUUUCCGGCGGAUUUUGUAAUUCUCGAUAUGGAAGAAAACGCCGAAAUGCCUUUGUUAUUGGGAAGACCCUUUCUAGCAACCGGGAGAGCUCUAAUUGAUGUGGAGAUGGAUGAUUUAAUGUUGAGGCUCAAUGAUGAGCAAGUUAACUUCAAUAUCUUUGAAGGUAUAAGAAAUCAAGAUGUGACUCCACAAUGCUUUAAAGUGGAUGUCAUUGAAGAUGAGAUUGGGAACUCAAAGAAAGAAGCAACAAAGUCAAUUUCUCUGGAUUUGAAAGCACUCCCUCCUAAUUGGAAAUAUGUAUUUUUGGGAGAUGGUUGUAAGCAACCUGUGAUCAUUAGUAGCUUGCUCACUCCUUUGGAAGAAGAGAAAAUUUUGAAAUAUUUGAAAAAGGAUGAUGGUGUCAUGGGUUGGAAUUUGAAUGGUGUAAUUCCAGCCUUUUGCUUGCACAAGCUGAAGAAUGAAGAGGAUUCCAAUUCGGUGGUCCCAUCUCAAGAGCUCCUGACUACAACAUUGGAAGACUUGGUGAAGAAUGAUGUGAUGAAGAUAUUUGAAAUUGGUUUGAUGAGUAUUAUUUCCGAUAGCUUUCAGGUAAAUUCGGUUCAUGUGGGUCCAAAAAGGGAAGUUAGUAUGGAAGAUUCCAAGGAAGCUCCUAAAAGGCUAAAGAAGAAGAAAAGAAAAAAAUGGAAGCACAAGUUGAUAAAGUUUGUGAGUCAUCCGGUCAUCGAAAAAUUGUUGCUUUUUGAUCGCAAUGUGACCCCAUUGAAAAGGGAGGAAAAGAGGAGACGGGGGAAAUCAAAUUUGAAGUAUCCUCCCUAA